CUCGCAAAUGAAAAGAUGUCUCCGAAAAUUGAAUUCACUGUCAAUGGAAAAAAAUGUACCGUGGACGAGAAUCUCCGGCGAGAGACGACCUUAAAUGCAUACCUGCGGUAUGUUUUGGCACUGCCGGGCACGAAGGCGAUGUGCCACGAGGGCGGCUGCGGCUCCUGCAUCGUCAUGGUGCGCGCCCGGAGGUACCCCAGCGGCAUCGUCGAGACCUUCUCUGUUAACUCCUGUUUGGUUCUGGUGUUUUCCUGCAACGGCUGGGAGAUCACAACUGUCGAAGGAAUUGGCAAUGCCUUGAACGGGUACAGUGAGGUCCAGAGGCGGUUGGUGGAGUUCAAUGGCACCCAGUGCGGAUACUGUACUCCAGGAUGGGUGAUGCAGAUGUCCAGUCUCCUUGACAAAAAUCUGACCAUGGAUGAACUAGAAAAGUCCUUCGGUAGCAAUACCUGCAGAUGUACCGGGUUCAGACCAAUCAUGGACACCAUGACCUCAUUCGGCGUAGACGCUUCUCCAGAACUAUGUCAGAAAGUGAGGGACAUUGAGGAGGCGAAUCCAUGCUCUAAAAACCCUAGGAUCUGCCAGAGGAAAUGUUCAGAGAUUAGUGACUGCAGUGACUGGAGCAUUGUGACAGAAGAGAAGAACCUGACAAGAGAUACCAUCUCUUUGAACUUUGGAAAAUCGAAGUUCUUUAAAGUGUACCAACAGGAUGACAUUUUUGAUAUCCUCAACAAAUAUGGUGUGGAUUCGUAUAUGCUCGCCGACGGGAAUACUGGAAAAGGUAUAGUUGAAACGUUUGAGUAUCCAAGAAUUAUAAUUGAUAUUAGCGACGUAGCUUCACUGAAGAAAUAUGACUACGGUCAAAAUCUGGUUCUUGGAGCCAACGUUUCUAUUGAAGAUUGUAUUAAGAUAUUCAAGGAAGCUUCAAGUAAGAAAAGUGAGUUCGCGUAUCUCUCAGAGGUCGUGAAACAUCUGGAAUUGGUUGCUCAUAUACCAGUGCGAAAGAUUGGCUCUAUUGCUGGUAACUUGAUGUACAGGCGCGCAGUACCGACGUACCAAUCUGAUCUAUUCGUCAUCUUCUCUUGCCUCGACGCCAGGAUUACUGUUCGAAACUCUCGCGGUAAAACUAAGACGUUAAAUACGAUUGAGUUCCUGAAGUUUGACAUGGAAGGAUGGUUGAUGACUACCGUUGCUCUGCCUCCCCUGAGUGAGCGACAUAUCUAUAGAAGUUACAAGAUCAUGCCAAGAAACCAGAAUGCUUUGGCCAUCGUCAAUGCGGCAUAUCUCAUAGAAUUAGGAAGAAAGAACACUGUUGAAUCAGCCAGCAUAGUAUAUGGAAAUAUUGAUCCAGAUUUUGUUCAUGCCAUUAAUACCGAAGAUUACCUGGUUGGUAAGAAUAUAUUUACCAAUGAGACUUUACAAGAAGCGAUUAAUGUGCUCAAUUGUGAACUCCUACCAAUGGAUAUUCCUGGAGAACCUUCUCCUGAGUGCAGAAAAAAAUUGGCUCUCGGCUUGUUUUAUAAGUUCAUCCUAAACAUAGCUCCUGCUGGCAGAGCGAACUCAAGAUUCUCAACCGGUGGUUCACUCUUUAAAAGAGCAGUGUCCCGAGGCAAAGAGGACUAUCAAACCGAUAAGUCGUUGUUCCCUUUGAACCAGCCAAUAAAUAAGUUGGAAGGUUUCAUACAAGCCAGUGGGGAAGCUACGUAUACCAAUGAUAUACCUCCAAUUCCUCGGGAAGUGUUCGGUGCGUUCGUCUUGUCGACGAUACACAAAGGAACUGUUGACAACAUUGAUAUUGAAGGCGCCUUGAAAAUGGAUGGCGUAGUCGCAAUAUUCACUCCCAAGGACAUUCCUGGUGUCAAUUCCUUUACCGUCCCUGGCCUGCCUCUACAAACUGAAGACGAAGAAAUUAUUGCAGAUGAAGUCAAAUUCUACGGUCAACCUAUAGCUAUCCUGGUAGCAGAAACUGAAAAAUUAGCGGACACUUUGGCUAAGAAAGUCAAAGUUACUUACAAAAAUGUUAGUUCAGCAUCACCAGUGCUUACAAUAGAUGAUGCAAAGAAAGAUAGCAAGAGAUACGUUGGAGGAGGACCGUCUAUUGAAAGAGUUUCUAGAGGGAAUAAAACUACGAAGAUUAUAAAGGGUAUUUACAAUAUAGAAGCUCAAUACCCUUACUAUAUAGAACCUAUAACAUGUGUUGUAGUACCAGUAGAUGAUAAGCUAGAGGUGUAUGAUUCGACGCAGUGGAUGGAUCUGACGCAGAAUGCUAUUGCACGGUCUUUGGGGAUUAAAGAAAGCGAUAUCCUGUUACAAGUUCGUCGAGUGGGUGGUGCUUUUGGAGGCAAAGUGAGUCGUAAUACGCAAGCAGCCACAGCAUGUGCUCUUGUCGCUAAGAAGUUGGACCGGCCCUGCAGAUUCAUACUCCCACUGCAAACUAACUUAAGCGCCACUGGAAGGAGAUUGCCGUGUCAAUGCGAUUAUGAGGUUGGAGUUGACGAUGACGGGAAAAUCCAGUACCUGAACGCCACCAUCAUUGAAGACAAUGGUUGCUCCAACAAUGAAGAUAUGCUUGAGUAUAGUGUGGGUGCUUUCUCUAACUGUUACAACAAAGACACGUGGUCUGUCAAAUCUGCGACGGUUACCACUGACACUCCCUCUAACACUUGGGUUCGAGGGCCAGGCACAGUCGAAGGCAUCACAUGCAUAGAACACAUCAUGCAGCACAUUGCAUUCGCAGUAAACAAGGACCCUACUGCUGUUCGCCAAAUAAACAUGAGAUCAGAAGAUAAUGAUCUUCCAGAAUUGAUCGAAUCCUAUAAAAGGGAAGUAGACUAUGAUAGAAGAGUUAAAGCGAUUGAACAAUUUAAUCAAACUAAUAGAUGGAUGAAAAAAGCCAUAUCCAUCAACGUCAUGAGCUGGCCAGUGAUCUAUUAUGGAAAUUAUUCCGCUCUAGUGUCAAUAUAUAGAGGUGACGGUACAGUUACUAUUUCCACUGGGGGCGUAGAAAUGGGGCAAGGAAUAAAUACCAAGUGUGCUCAAGUUUGCGCUCACGAACUAGGAGUACCUCUCGAAUACGUCAAAAUCGUCCCCAAUCACUCAUUUGUGGCUGCGAACAACGUUUUCUCUGGAUCUAGUAUCACUACUGAGAGUUGUGCCUAUUCUAUUAUAAGAGCUUGUGAAAAGUUGAAGGCAAAUUUGGCUCCGAUAAGAGAACGCAUGUCAGGAGCCACAUGGAAGGAAAUUAUUCAGAAAGCAGGUGAAGAGCAAGUUGAACUGACCUCCUUGUUCAUGAUGAGAGACACUGAUGAGAACCUGAAACCUUACAGUGCAUUCGCUGUAGCUAUCAUUGAGGUACUGUUGGAUGUGACUACUGGGCGAUAUCAAAUUGAUCGUGCGGACAUUCUGGAAGAUGUUGGCAUGAGUAUAAAUCAGAAAUUGGAUAUUGGACAGGUGCAAGGUGCAUACGUACAAGGCAUGGGCUACUAUACGUGUGAGAAGAUAGCUUAUGACAAGAAGACGGGCAAGAUGGAGACGAACCGUUCCCUCAAAUACCAUGUCCCUCUUGCCUUAGACACGCCUGUAGAGUAUAAUGUCAAAUUGAGGUACAACAGCAAGAACCCGAAGGGCGUCCUUGGAUCUAAAACGUGUGGUGAGAUGGGUGUUGGUAUAGCUCAUGGAAUAACGCACGCGCUGCGCCAAUGCAUCAUGGAGUCAAGAAAGGACUCUGGAUACGAUCCCAACGAAUUCAUCUAUAUACCGGUGCCAUACGAUACAGAAACUAUACUGAAGGCUUUGGAUGUGAAACUAGAAGAGUUCGUUCUUAGUUCAUAACUUAAAAUUAGCUUGGGAUUGGUUUUUGGAGAUUUUUGUACAUUGAUAUUGAGUCAUAUGGGCUAUGCUAUGAUAGACAGUAUAUCGUGCCUUCCUUUUUAUAGAGGUAUACAUAUUGCAUUAUGCUGGAUAUAAUACGACUAAAUAUUUACUCUCAUUUUAUACAAUUUUAAAAGGUUUCUAGGGAAUUUAUUGGUGUAAAAGAUUUUAUAUAAUAAUUUAGAAAUAAACACAUAAAUAAACUCUUGUUCGUCCUGUAAUAGGUACGUACCUAUAACCUACGUAGGUAUGUUCAGAUAAACUUAUUUAUUUAUCAAUUAUUACAUCAGAUUUGAAUAAAUGUGAUUUUACUUUAAAAUUAUUUUAAUUUUUCUUACAUUGUAUUUAAAUUGGAAUACCUACGUUUUAUAGCACUUUGAGAGCUUAUUCCUUGGAGAC